AUGUCUUCUACCGGCAACCAUCUGCUCGUCUUCGGAGCAUCAGGUGUCUCUGGAUGGGCCUGCGUGAACGAGGCGCUAUCAUACCCAACGAAGUCGACUUUCGAAAAAGUAACAGGCCUGACGAAUCGUCCACUGUCUCUUGAAGAUUCCAAUCUACCAAAGGACUCCCGCCUACAACUCGUCUCAGGUGUCGAUCUAACAGCCUCCGUCGACAAUGUCGUGGCCUCCAUGAAGCAGAAGAUCUCCGGCAUCGACACCGUCACCCACGUCAUCUUCACAGCUUAUAUCGAGAAGCCAGACUACGACAGCCUCCGAACCGUCAACACAAACCUCCUCCAAACCGCCAUCGGCGCCGUCGACCAGCUCGCGUCCAAGCUACAAUCCGUGGUACUCCAAACAGGUGGCAAAGCCUACGGCGUCGAGUUCAAAGACAAAGUCGACUUCCACCCGCCUCUCAAGGAGAGCUCGUCGCGAAUCCCAAAGCCAUGGUACGACAACAUCUUCUAUUACACCCAAUACGAUACCCUUAAGGACCUCAGCGCCUCCAGACCCUGGACCUUCUCCGAGAUCAGGCCAGAUGUCAUUGUUGGCUUCACUCCGGGCACGAACUUCAUGAACUGUGCGCAGGGUCUUGGGUUAUGGCUGUCGCUCGCUCGGGAAGUCCAGGGUGCUGGAGCGAAGAUCCCGUUCCCUGGUACGAAGGCGAGUUAUACCAACAAGCACACCGAUACUUUCCAGGAUGUUCUUGGUAAGAUGGACAUCUACGCCGCCGUCAAUCACGACAAGUGCGGUAAUGGCAACACCUUCAACUGCGCGGACGGCGCUGUGGUGACGUGGGCGGACAAAUGGCCGGGCAUCUGCUCGUACUUCGGUCUUGAGGGUGCGCCGCCCCGUGAGAGCCCGUAUGCGGUGGAGGAAUUCGUGAAGAAGCACUCGGAUACCUGGCGCCAGAUGGAGGAGAAGCAUGGGUUGAAGCGAGGCAUUUUUGACCAUUUCUCAUGGGGGUUCCUAUAUGGGGUGACGGUUGGAAGAGACUUCGACUGCCAGUAUGAUCUGAGCAAAGCUAGGUCGGUUGGAUUCGAGGAGACUGUCGAUACGGUGAAGGGGUAUACGACUGCUUUUGAGCGGAUGCGGCAGGCUAAGAUAAUUCCUUAG